CAUUCCGAGCGCGACAUCUGGGAAAUUAUUGAUUUGACUUAUGCACGUUACAAGCAUGCACAUUUAACGUAUAGGCUGCUUUUAUGAACUGAUUCAUUGAUAAACUCCCCCUUUUCAUUUUUGUAUGCGCUGUGUAAUGAUCUGAUUCGUCAAGGGAAAGUUGCCGAUGAAAAAUGCUUGAUUAUGCUGCGUGUUAGAAGUGUAACCGACAUCUGUUGUCGCUUGCCUUAUACUAUAGAUCAUUUAUCUAUUGGGGAGCUUAUUUCGCUGUAACCUUUGAAACCGAUCAUUUCCUGUGUCAGUUUCUUUUAAAGUGUUGAUUGAGAAGAUAAUGGAAUUUAUUCGUGCAUUACGCUAACCAGGGGUGGAACUUGUGAUUUUUUUGCUACUAGUCUACUGGGUUAGUUCAGAAAAAAAAGUUGUCUGACAUUUUGUACUAGCCAGGCUACUGUUCCGUCUUCUUUACUCCCCUUUGGUCUAAAUUAUUUGACUGAGUGGAGUGGGCUUAAUUUCCAGCUCCGACCCUAACACAUAAUAUGGUUUUCACAAUGACACUGGUCCCUUCACUUAUUUUCCAGUACGUUUAUGGGGUACCUGUACUUCGUAGUUUGGUACCAGUUUAACCAAUGAUGUUACAGUUUGCUGUAAUCGACAACAAAUGGUGUCAUCGUAGAAGCCACAAAUUUUGACUCACAUGAAGUAGAACUUGCAUGUAUGAAGUUGGUUUUCAGACUUUGUCUUGUUUCAUUGUCAACCAUAUGUGUGCCUAUUUGCUUUCCUUAGCCUGUUUUUCUUUAACUUAACUUUUAUCUUGCAAUUAAUAAUGUCAAUGAUUGUGAAUAUUCACAGACGUCAGGAAAAUUUCAGUAUCGCACUUCUUCUACCCCAUAAUCAUGUCUGGUGAUCACAUGGAGGAGCAGGGAAGUUUCAGUAUGGAGUUGCUCCAGAUGGAUGUUGAGAACCUUGUCCACUGCCCCCCUAAAUAUGGCAGGCCUCCUUUGUUGGCUGCUUUACGGAAACAUCACACACAUGCGAAGAAGAAGGCCUUUGCCAUGUUCGUAGCCUCUAAGGAGGCUUCCAUUCACAGUGGAGUGGCUCUUGGCCAAUGGCAGUGCUGCAGGCGCACCUUCAAGGAGCCAGCUUCCAUUCACAGGCACGUCGCUGGGACUCACAUCGCUGAAAUACUUCAGCAUACCAGAGGCAUCUUAGGACAGAUGCUGAAUAGGGAUGAAAGUGAAAGUCUUGAACAAAGACCGCUGAGCAAAGAGGAACCUCAGGAUGUGUCAUGUUGGAUCCCACAAAACAGCCACUUUAAUGAGGAUCAGCUGGUCAACGGCCUGGGUGAAGUUCUUUUGUAUUACUGCUACUGCCCUUUGGAGGACCCCCACCUCAUUUGUUUGUGGCAAAAAGUGCUGUGUGAAAAAUUACACCUAACUGGCAAGAUUCGCGUGGCAACAGAGGGUAUUAAUGGAACUGUGGGAGGAACCAAAGUGGCCACAAGGUUAUAUGUCGAAGCGAUGCUUUCUCAUCCGAUCUUCAAAGUGAUGGUGCAGGAGGAUUUCAAGAGAAGUGAAGGAGGUGCAGAGUGCUUCUCUAACCUGAGGGUAGGGGUUUAUAAAGAGAUCGUUCCGAUGGGGGUGGAUCCUGACGUUCUUUCAUACAGAUUGGCUGGCGUCCAUUUGGAGCCUGAAGAAUUUCACAAAGAAGUUGAAAAGCUUUUGUCAAAAGGAGAUUCAUGCACAGAUACCGUCCUCCUGGACUGCAGAAAUUUCUAUGAAAGUAAAAUUGGACAGUUUAGUAAAUGUCUGGCUCCUGACAUUCGUAAAUUCAGCUAUUUCCCAGACUACGUGGAUAAAAACCUGGAGCUCUUUCGGGAUAAGAAAGUUCUCAUGUACUGCACCGGCGGCAUUCGCUGCGAGCGUGGGUCCGCGUACCUCCGCUCAAAGGAUGUCUGUAAGGAAGUCUAUCAACUAAAAGGAGGCAUUCAUAAAUAUCUGGAGCAAUUUCCUGACGGCUUCUAUCGGGGAAAACUGUUUGUGUUUGACGAGCGAUAUGCAAUCGCCUAUAAUAAUGACGUCAUCUCAGAAUGCCGGUACUGCAGCGCCCCAUGGGACCGCUACGAGCUGUGCUCCACGCAUUUCUGCUGUCAGCUGCUCCUCUCUUGCACCUCCUGCCGACAGCAGGGCCGCACCUCCUGCUGCCUGACCUGCCAGGCCAAGGGCGAGGUGCCCGACUGCUGUGGCCCCCCCGCCGAGCUGAAGGAGGAGUGUGAAUGCACGGCCCUGAGGGCGCGAAUUCCCCAGGACGUGGCCUGACAUGUCCACCCAGCGAGCCUCCCCAUGGCAGCCAUCGCAGCAGUGUGCAGACACUGCCACUACACAACUCAAGAGCUCCUGCGAAGAUCAUGUUGACAUGUGACAAGAGUUUAACCAUUACAGCUAAGGAUAAGAAGACCUUUCUAGAAACUUCUGUCAGCAACAGUGAACUCAUUUUAUUCUUGGCACCAGACUGUUGUUUGAACCAUUUUUAAGGGACAAUUAUUUUUUUUAUGGAUUCUUGAAGCCCAAUGAGUUCAGACUGAAGUCCAGACCUGUUUGGCCUCUCUGCAGUUGUAUAUGGCGAAGAAUACUUCAUGUUGCUUGAUGUUCUUUUUGGAGCUGAGGAAAAGGGUAUUUGGAGUCGUUUUGACUAACUAAUAUCUAACCGAUGAAAUGUUUAUUUUAAUCUUUUUUAUGGUACACAAAUCAAAUCAGUGUAUCAAUAAUUGAAAACUGUGCUCCUUGAAUAACAAAUUUUAGUGCUUUUAACAGUGUCACAAAAGCAUCUUCUCUGAGAAUGAAGUGUAAUGAAGUGUGAAUGUAAUACUUAAAAAAAUAAAGAUCCUCUGUUGUAA